CAUUCUUGUAAUCUCUGCAGGGCGAGGACAGAGUGGCCUCCACAGUGGUCACAGCAGCUGUCGUUUGCUGAAUUACUCGUACCUGCCACAACACACUGUAGGCAUUUCCUACGCACACAGAGCCCUGCAGCGUAGGCGGGUAUCACGGUGUGAGCAACGGGAGUUGGGGCUCGGAGGGCGUGAAUAGCUUGCACGGUUCUGUCGUGCGUGUCACCAUCGGGAUCCAGCCCUGAAUGUAGCCAGUGCUCCUUCCAUUACUGCUGUUGCGUGUUCCAGAAAUACUUGCUGACUUGAAGGAAGUCUGUUGGUUUCUACCAUCAGCUGUCACAGUCUGUGCCUCCACCCCUCAUCCCUUGGUCCUGUCACCCCAGCGGAUCUGCACCGGCCCUCUGUGCCUUCCGAGGUGCCAUCAUUGCUCUAGGGCCCAGAGGAAACACCACACUCAGCGGCAGCACUUCGUCCCCUCUCCCUGUCCUGGGCUGUAGGAACUCAGCUGGCAUCUGUUGAUGUUUACCUAGGGUUCAGAAAUGGGCAGUGAGAAGGAGCAGGAUCCAGAACAGCACCUGCCUGACGAAGGGGAAUGGGGUAAGCCCUGGAGAGUGGAUGACUCUGAGGGUUUUCGGAUCCCAGAUGGGGAGAAAGAGCGUGGGCAAGAGAGCCUGUCGGAGGGUCUGCAAGAGAUCCAUCCAAAAAAGCCCUGGCGGAAAGUCACUGUCCCCGCUGGAGAGCCUGGGGGCCCCAGGGCUCACCCGAGGCCCGAGACCGACGAGAAGCCCUUUAUAUGUGCCCAGUGUGGCAAGACCUUCAAUAAUACCUCCAACCUGAGAACACACCAGCGGAUCCACACCGGCGAGAAACCUUACAAGUGUUCUGAAUGUGGCAAGAGCUUCUCGAGAAGCUCCAACCGCAUCCGGCACGAGCGGAUCCACCUGGAAGAGAAGCACUACAAAUGUCCCAAGUGUCAGGAGAGCUUUCGGCGACGCUCGGACCUCACCACCCACCAGCAAGACCACCUGGGCAAGCGGCCGUACCGCUGUGACAUCUGUGGCAAGAGCUUCAGCCAGAGCGCCACGCUGGCGGUGCACCAUCGGACCCACCUGGAGCCAGCGCCCUACAUCUGCUGUGAGUGCGGGAAGAGCUUCAGCAACAGCUCCAGCUUCGGCGUGCACCACCGCACGCACACAGGCGAGAGGCCCUAUGAGUGCGCCGAGUGUGGGCGGACCUUCAGCGACAUCUCCAACUUUGGAGCGCACCAGAGGACCCACAGAGGGGAGAAGCCCUACUGGUGCACUCUGUGUGGGAAACAUUUCUCCCGGAGCUCAAACCUCAUCCGCCACCAGAAAACGCACCUGGGAGAGCAGGCCGGGAAAGACUCCAGCUGAAGGACAAUGAGGGAGAGGAGAGGGAGAGAGCCCAGCCUAGUGUCGGAAGAUCUGUAGGAUCUGCUGCUGCCCCCCUUGACCUCUAGCUCCUCAUCUCACUUUGGAGAAUGGAUUCCUGUUGCCUCUGAAGCCAGGAUCUCCAGGAAGUCUUGAGAAGGGACUCUCGAGUAAAGAUCCUUGCCUCUUUCCAGGCCAGUGUCUUGUCUUGGAAAGUUUGGAGGAUCCAGUCGUGGCUUCAUCUCCUCGGGAUGAAAGAGAAGUAGGGUAGGCUUAGCACAUGUUCCUAUCGUUAGGGCAACCCUCCCCUGGCCUUUGAGGAAGCACCUGUGGGGUGGGCAUCACAGUCUGAAGAUCCUCCAGAUCGAAUAUGAACCGCUUAGGGAGUAUCGCGGUGGCUGUUGGCUCCCAUCUGCUGGGCCCCACCUGCGCUGGGAGGAGCAGCCUUCCCAAUGCAAGGGGCCUCCUGGGCCUGGAGAAGAGGUCUGGUCCUGCCUUAGGAAUGAAAGGGAAGCCCUCAGGGAGCCAUGAUCCAGGGACCUUCACAGUCUGCCAUGUUUGUGACUUACACCCCCUGCAACCUGCAUCUGUUCCAGAGUGAUUAGCAGUAAAACCCUUCAAUGAAAA